GCAGCGCUGGGUGCAUUUAGUCAUAAAAAGUUGUAGUGUCAAUCCCAAAAUAAUCGGAAUUUUCAAGUGAUAAAUACACGUCCAACAAAUGCGCACCAAGAGGAAUUCCAGCGCGAAUUCGCUGGUCCAGGCAAAGCGUCCCAGGUACGAUGCCCAAGUGGUACCCAGCCUGGACGCCAGUGAGAACGUAGAGGACUCAGAACUGGCCAGCAAGGUGUGCCUGAAAAACAUUCCCAGAAGCGGAACUCCCGUCAACCGGAAGGUCAUGAAACGGGCGGGACCAUACAUACUGGGGCCCAAAUUGGGCAAUGGACCAGUAGAGAGUAUCGCACAGUACCUGGCCAGGAAAGAAAAUACAGGAGACUACUACCAGUUGAAGAUUCUCGUGCUCAACUCCAAUCCGGGCUGUGUCAAAUCCCUGGAGGACGAGAAACAGGGAAAACUUCUCCUGCACUCAGAGUAUCAACUUCUGACGAUGCUUCAGAACGAGGAAGGUAUCAUCCGCUCCCACGAACUCUUCAGUGACAUUGCCUUCGAGGAGGAACCAAUGGCGGGAAAGGUAUCGGAGUACGUGUACACGGGCAAGUUGAAGAGGCGGAUAAUUCUCGUUGUGGAUUGUGUGACAGCGCACGAAUUCUGCGAUAAGACUUCAGUAUUUAUCAACUUGCAGCAAUACCUUAUCAAAGAGAAGACACUAUCUGAAAACCGUACCCUUCUGAUCUUCUACGAGAUCAUCAAGAUUGUGGAGAAUCUUCAUAGGAAAAAUGUGGUGCAUAGAGACCUCAAAUUGAGCAAUAUUGUGUACAAUACGCUAACACAGCAAGUGAUUAUCACAAAUUUCUGCCUGGGGAAGCAUUUGCUCAAUGAAAAUGACUAUUUGAGGGAUCAACGAGGAUCCCCAGCUUAUACCUCCCCAGAUGUUUUGGGUGCUUCAAGUCAGACUCCCUACAAGGGAAAACCUUCGGAUAUUUGGGCAUUGGGAGUGGUUCUAUUCACAAUGCUCUACAGUCAAUUUCCGUUCUUCGAAACAACUCCAGCAGCUCUGUUCAAGAGGAUCAAAUCGGCAGACUAUAAGAUCCCAAAGAACUCCAAAGUGUCCGAAGAGACACAGUUCCUGAUCAAAAAUAUGCUACUUCUGAAUCCCGAAGAGAGACUAACUGCCACGGAGAUCAGAGAGAGGCUGGAGGAUAUCAUGAAUGGAAAACGACAACAAGUGCUUCAAGUAGAUCAAGUUGUGCCUGAAAAUAGUGUUAAUCAGGAGGAGACACAGCCGAAAAUCAAUCAGCCAGAUCCCACGCUCUCCAGUAAGGCCUUCACGGGACUUCUGGACAAAGUUCUCAACAGCACGACCAAUAGUCUGCUGAAACCACCAAAUAUCUCAGUACAGCGUCUUGGGAGGGAUGCCAGGCGACUGACUUCAGAUGAACUGGGACAGUUCCAGGGACUGAUUCGCAAUAUGACAGAUAGCAUUGGACGGAACAGGCGAAGUUCCGCGCACAUUAGUCUGCAGAUGAGCAAUCUGUCCAUUCGCAAUAGGACUGACCGACAGAUUGCCAUUGUUCCACGACAGGAAGUUCACAGAGCUGAGUCAACAAACAGUUCCCUUCAUCAAUUUUGCAUGCGUUCAAUUGUCAACACAGGACUGCAGUUGUACUACAACAAUAUCAACCAAACGCCCCCAGCUAGUGGUUCCCAGAGCACUCCAGCUCAAGGAAGCAAUAGCACGAGUGGAAGUGUAGAGUUUUGGAAUCGGCGUCGAUCGGUGGAUCGUCUGGCCAAUUGGCUGUCGAAUCUACGGACAAUGGUAGCCACACGACGUGGCAAUCCCAUUAGGCUGGAUGAACCAGCACUGAGACUGUUCUGUGCAAUGAACAAAAUGUACAAUCAGGGCCGAAUUCCUGCGCCAAACGCCGAUGCUCUCCAGGAGUUCAGUGGUGUGAUGACAAAUGAACUGGCAGAGAAAAUAGGCGAAUGGUUGAUUGCUGACUACAGCGAUUUGGCGAUUGUACGGGAUAUUUUUGGUGGCUCAACGAUAAAUGCCAAAGACAAAGUGUUUGAGCUGCUGCGUCGAUGUGGGGUUCAGAUGGAAGUCACUAAUGGUGUGACGGAGAUCAACAGGGCUCAAACCAUCGAAAUGCUCAUCAUUCUGGCCUAUAUGCUCAGAGCAUCUGGCUACAGUAAUUCCUACUUUAGAUCCUAGGAAAGUGCAAGAAUGAAAAAAAAAAUUCCCCGCAGGAUCAUCAAAGUAUUUUGACUGGAAUGUCCUUGUGACUGACAACGACCCUGAAGUGUCCAGGAAGUCACAAGACGCAUGAGAUAAAAAAAAAUACCGUGUGUGAUGUAAAAGAGUAAAAAUAAAAUAAAAGUAUAUAUAUCUGAGAAAA